UUCUUUGUCGGUUGUUAGUCUUCGUGUAUAGUAGACAACGAUGAGGUUCUUGGUGGUAGCUAUUCUGGGCUCGUUGUGCGCAGUGGAAGCCAGCCUUACUCCAUUUAUAACGCCAUGUUAUGCACGGGACAUGCAAUGUCUGCGAGCGUCGACGCAACGCGCCGUGCCCGUAGUGGCUGCGGGGCUCCCCGAACUGGGCAUGGAGCCCCUGGACCCCAUGACUCUGGACGGCAUCGUGGCGGACCAGGCCGGUCUGCAUAUGGAGUUCAGAAACACCGUAGUUAAAGGCUUAAGAAACUGCGAGGUGAUGAGAGUUAAACGUUACUCGAAGCGCACGCAGCUGGACGUGAAGUGCUCGGUGACGCUGGUGGGUGACUACCAGCUGGGCGGGCAGCUGCUCAUCAUGCCCAUCGAGGGUCAGGGCAGAUACAAGAUCAGAAUACGUGAUAUCCUGGUCAAGAUGGAGUUCGCGGUAGGUGAGCGCGAGAAACAGGGCCAGCGCUACUGGACGGUGGAGAACUGGAGGCACUCCACUGAGGUCCUCACCGGCGCUGAGUUCCGCUUCCAGAACUUGUUCGGCGGCAAUACACAGCUGGCGAACACUGUGCUGGAUUUCGCGAACAACAACUGGCGCGACAUCUUCGCUGAGGUGUCGCCCCCUAUAGUGGAGGUGAUCGUGUCCAAGAUUGUAAGCGAGGUGCGCAAACUGUUCGACGCUGUGCCCAUCAGUGACCUCAGCCUUGACUGAUAUGCACCACUCCAUUAAUCAUUGUUUGUUUCCUUUAUGUGUAACAAAUAAACUACAUUUUACAUA